CAUCAAUAAUGUAAGCAAAUUUACCAGGUGGAAAUGGCCAUCUUAAAGAUAGUUUAAAAUUAAAUCAAAUUGUUUUUCUUGGAGCUCAUAAUGCACCUAUGUCUAAAUGCUAUGGAUGGGUUUAUGCUUAACAAAAUGUGUCAAUAACAGAAUAGUUUGAAAAAUAUGGAGCUAGACAUUUUAAAACUCCAUUGCACUGGCAUAUCUAAGAUGGCAUUCCAUAAGUAUAAAUAUUUAAUUUAUAAGAUUGUUGUUGCACAUGAAGGAGAUGGAGGUUCAAAUUGCAAACUUAGUGUUGUUUAGAGGGCUUUGAAAAGUCCAGAAAAAGCAAUAGAUCGUCUUAAAGAAUUGUUUAAUUUAGCAUAUAAAUAUCCAAAUGAAGUCAUGAUUGUAAAGCUUGAAAGUAAACUGUUAUAUAAUACUAAAAAUAAUGGCACAUUUGGAUGGGAUCGAUCUUUGAUCACUGCAAUGUUACAUAGUUUAAUAGUUGAAUUAAAAGGAGAUUAAAGAGCUAUAACAUUUUAAGAAAAUAAUCCUCCUACUUUAGGUUGGUGUAGGCAGAACUAAAAGAAUAUUUUAAUCACAAUUGAACCAAGGGAUUAGGUUUGUGAAGAGUUAUUAAAUUAUACAUAUUAUUCCUACAAAGUAUGUGGUUAAGUAGAUUGGGAAACUGAUCCCUUAGAAGAUGUUAAAACAGGUAAAGUGGCUAGAGGUGUAACAAAUAAUCAUGAUGGAUCUAUUUGGUCACCAUUCUUAGAAAUUCAUCUAAACCCUGAAAAUUCUUUUAAGUAAAUAUUUUGAGAUAAACUUAAGACCUGAUUUCUAAUACAGAACCAAAUAUAAUUUCUACCAGCAUGUUAAAAAGCGUUUUUUACAAUAUUAUCAUCAUUGCAGAAAGAUGCCCAAUUUUAUUGUUGCUGAUUUUAUUGAUUAAGGAGAUGUUUCAAUGUUUGUAGAUGAUGUUAAUAAUAAUAUCAAUGAAAAUGAUGGCUUUAAGCCAGAAUUAUUUUGA